AUGUCAAGUGACGAAAAGUCUAGAGAAUCAGAAAAAAUAAAUUUUAAUGCUCUUGCUGAUGCUGUUAAAUUGUGUUUAUUGGAAAAUAAAAACAUCCGAUCAACUGCCCGUGAACAUAACCUUGAUAAAAGUACUUUGCAGCGCUACAUUCAUAAAGUAAAAGCUCAUUUCGGGGAUAUUUCAUUGGUUGAGAAGAAUGAAUAUAUGGAAUUUAUCCAAUCUUGCAGCAGAAAAAUUCCAACAAAUAUGGUUUUUUCUCUUGAACAAGAAAAACUUCUUGUAGGCUAUAUCCUAAAAUGCGUUAAUCAUUACUAUGGUCUGAGUAUUAAUGAUUUGAAGGAAUUGGCGUUCCAGUUUGCAAAAAAACUCGACCUUGAUUAUCCGCUAAUUUGGAAUAAAUCGUCAGAAGCCGGAAAAAAGUGGUAUUAUCUUUUUAUGAAACGUCAUCCGGAACUAAAACUCAGAACACCCGAGCAAACAUCUAUUCACCGGGUCAAAGCCUUUUGCAAAUCGAAUGUAGAGGAAUUCUUCGAAAAUUUGGGCCGGUUGCUAGAUAAAUUUCACUUUGAUAGUACGACUAUUUACAACAUGGACGAAAGCGGUUUUUCUAAUGUUCCCACAAAAAUCGGCAAAGUUAUCGCCUUAAAAGGAAUGAAACGGAUUGGUAAAGUGGAGGCUGCCGAACGUGGUACGAUGGUGACGAUGGCCCUUACAGUCAGUGCCAAUGGAAAUUCUCUUCCACCGUUAUUUUUAUUUCCACGAAAGAAAAUGCAAACGUACUUUUUGGAUAAUGUUUCGCCUGGGACUUCUGGAUUUGCGAAUGAAUCUGGUUGGAUGACCCAACCAGAGUUCAUUCAGUACAUUCGACAUUUCAUUAAAUUUGUCAAGCCAUCAGUGGAUUCACCCGUGCUUUUGUUGAUGGACAACCACUCGUCACAUUUAUCUGUGGACGCACUGGAUAUAGCGUCAAAAAAUGGUGUUCACAUUCUCUCAUUUCCUCCACACUGUAGCCAUAAGCUGCAGCCAUUAGAUGUGUCGGUUUUCGGACCCACCAAGACUUAUUACAAGUCGCUAUGUUCUACGUGGCAGAAAAACAAUGCCAAUAAGGUUUUGGAAAUACGACAUAUUGCUGGCAUUGUGUGUCAAACAUUGGAUUUGGCAUUGACGCCAAAAACAAUCAAAGCGGGUUUCGCUAAAACGGGAAUUGCUCCAUUCAAUCCCAAUGUCUUCAGUGAUGAUGAAUAUAUUGAAGCCGUUCAGCAAAAUGCUGCUGCAGUUGCUACAGAGGCUAAUCUCAACGAAAAUGAUCAGCUGCGUAUUAUUGUUGAUCCUUUGAAUAUUGUUCCUGAAAAUAUGAUUAUACCUGAAGCAAGUGAACCAUUAGCCAGGAACCAGGAACAUCAAAUACUAUACAUGACACUAGCUGUUCAUCGGUUAUAG